AUGUACCAGAGACUCCGCAGAAGGCGCGUACGUGACUCCCUUCAGGUAUCCAAAGGGCUCAAGUCUUUCCUUGUCCAUUACAAAGAAAGGAGAAAAGAAAGACUUUUGUCCAUACAUUCCUCCGGGAAGUGCCUCUCCGACGACUACCUUUCACCAGUAGCAGAGCCACUGUGCCAGAGUCGGUCCCCCUCCACAAGGCCAAGAUCAGCAGGUCGCACUCUAGCCGUGACCCGAAGAACGGUUAUCCGUGACGUCGACGAGAUGGAGUUCACUCCCUGGCCGCCACUGGAAGAGAUGGAGGGUCCAUGCAACGCACUGUUCAUCGCUAGUCUAUGCCUCUUAGUUGCUAUUUCCGCAUCCCAAAAACCUUAUUUUCUUCACACAUGCCAAAAAAAUGACCCUAACAUUAACCAGUGCCUUACCUAUGCAGCCAACCAUUUAGCGACGCAUUUUAGAUCAGGUAUACCUGAGCUGGGGUUAACUGAAGUUGAACCAAUCAUUCUGGACGAAAUAAACCUAGCUUUAGGAUCCGGUCCCGAUGGCUACAGAGCGACUUUCCGAGACAUCAAGGCAUACGGAAUAAGCAAUUUGACAAUUACAGGAGUGAGGUCAGAUCUGAAUUCUCUACAACUGCAAUUGAGCUUUUAUAUACCAAAGAUCGCAGUGCGUGCUAAAUACAAAAGUUCUGGAGUACUUAUCAUGGUCCAGGCCACAGGGGGUGGUGACUACUGGGGACAGUAUGAUGGUGUAAGGGCAAAGACGUACUUGAGAGCGAGCAAACAAAAGAUUAAUGGUGUUGAAUAUUUAAACCUAGAAGAUUUAAAAAUGGAUUUCAGUGUCAGAGAAUUGAAAAUGGGUAUUGAAAACAUCCAAAAUGGAAAUACAGUAAUAGAAGCUGCUCUUAAUUUAUUUAUUAAUUCACACUCUCAAGAUCUGCUGCGAGAGAUGAAACCAUCAAUCAAGAUCAAACUCCUGCAAAUAAUGGGACAGUUUGUUGACAAUCUCUUCCAACGAAUACCAUACAAAUACUGGAUCAGUGAAUGAUAUAUUAAAUGCCAAAAAUUGUUAGUUGAUAAGAUUUUUCUCUUCAUUCAGUAUCUGAAUUAUUUAUUUAUUGUUUUAUACAUAAUGAAUUUAUUUUUUAAGCACUUCUAAUGUAUAUUUAUUAUUUAUGUUUAAAGAUAAUUAUAGUACAAAAAUG